AUGCUGAGACUGCUACUAUUACUACCACCAUCGCUACUAGUGUAUCCAUUACAGUCAGUGCUUCUAUUAAGAGCAUUCUCUAUUACAACCAGCUGGAGCUUUUCUGUGGUUGUUUGUGAACGACUGUGUCGGUUUGUUUACGACUGUGUGUGUGAAUGUGUGUGUAUGAGUGUGUGAUGCCCUGUACAGAGUGACUGAUGAGAACGGGUGCACUGGUCUGGAGGGUGACCCCGUCCGUACAGUUCCACUGCCGCUGCUGUCGCUCGGGGACGAUUGGACGUCCGGCGUUGCCACGACGACUAGAAUGGGCUGCAAUCUGUGCACUUUACAGAAACGAGAGGAACACUAUAAGCUGCUGUAUGAGAUCGCACAGGUGAAUGGGAAGGACCUCUCCAAGGCCAGUCAUGACGAGGCAGUGGAGGCGAUCCGCUCUGCUAAGGACCCCAUUGUGGUGCAGGUGCUCAGGAGGAACCCUGUUGGCCGCGGUGGACAUGUUGGCUCCACUCAGGAAGUGCACGUGGUGGACGUGUGCACGCAGACAGACAUCACCUUCGAACACAUCAUGGCCCUGGCCAAGCUCCGAGCCACCACCCCUCCCGUGCCUGACAUCUGCCCCUUCCUGCUGUCUGACAGUUGUCACUCUCUCCACACUAUGGAACGGGAGUUCUAUGAGGGGACAGACUACCUCUCCACCCUCCCAGACCAACAGAGGACAGAGGAGUUUGAGUACGAG